AUGAAUAUUCGAGCAAUCCAUGUCAUGACAACGCCACUUGUACGUCUUACAAUGAAGGUUCUUUUGACUGUGAAUGUAAUGUUGGGUAUUCUGGAAAUGGAUUUAAUUGUUCAAGUAAGUAAACUUUUUAUUGGUGUGUCUAAAGUAUUCUUCCUUUUUUAAUCACUUGUUGUUUGUCACUUGUAUAAUCUUUUUAGAUAUUAAUGAAUGUUUAAUCAACCCAUGUCAUCCCAAUGCUACCUGCACUGACAAUGAAGGUUCUUUUGUUUGUGAAUGUAAUGUUGGGUUUUCUGGAAACGGAUUUAAUUGUUCUAGUAAGUAAAUUUUUCAUUUGUGUGUCUAAAAUAUUCUACCUUUUUUAAUCACUUGUUGCUUGUUAUACCUGUAUACUAUAUUUUUAGACAUCAAUGAAUGUUCAACCAACCCAUGUCAUCCCAAUGCUACCUGUACUGACAAUGAAGGUUCUUUUGUCUGUGAAUGUAAUGUUGGGUAUUCUGGAAAUGGAUUUAAUUGUUCAAGUAAGUAAACUUUUUAUUGGUGUGUCUAAAUUAUUCUUCCUUUUUUAAUCACUUGUUACUUGUUAUACCUGUAUACUAUAUUUUUAGACAUCAAUGAAUGUUCAACCAACCCAUGUCAUCCCAAUGCUACCUGUACUGACAAUGAAGGUUCUUUUGUCUGUGAAUGUAAUGUUGGGUAUUCUGGAAAUGGAUUUAAUUGUUCAAGUAAGUAAACUUUUUAUUGGUGUGUCUAAAGUAUUCUUCCUUUUUUAAUCACUUGUUGUUUGUCACUUGUAUAAUCUUUUUAGAUAUUAAUGAAUGUUUAAUCAACCCAUGUCAUCCCAAUGCUACCUGCACUGACAAUGAAGGUUCUUUUGUUUGUGAAUGUAAUGUUGGGUUUUCUGGAAGCGGAUUUAAUUGUUCUAGUAAGUAAAUUUUUCAUUUGUGUGUCUAAAAUAUUCUACCUUUUUUAAUCACUUGUUGCUUGUUAUACCUGUAUACUAUAUUUUUAGACAUCAAUGAAUGUUCAACCAACCCAUGUCAUCCCAAUGCUACCUGUACUGACAAUGAAGGUUCUUUUGUUUGUGAAUGUAAUGUUGGGUUUUCUGGAAACGGAUUUAAUUGUUCUAGUAAGUAAAUUUUUCAUUUGUGUGUCUAAAAUAUUCUACCUUUUUUAAUCACUUGUUGCUUGUUAUACCUGUAUACUAUAUUUUUAGACAUCAAUGAAUGUUCAACCAACCCAUGUCAUCCCAAUGCUACCUGCACUGACAAUGAAGGUUCUUUUGUCUGUGAAUGUAAUGUUGGGUAUUCUGGAAAUGGAUUUAAUUGUUCAAGUAAGUAAACUUUUUAUUGGUGUGUCAAAAAUAUUUUACCUUUUUUCAAUAACUUAUUGUUUGUUAUUUGUAUAAUCUUUUUAGACAUCAAUGAAUGUUCAAGCAAGCCAUGUCAUCCCGAUGCUACAUGUACUGACAAUGAAGGUUCUUUUGUUUGCGAAUGUAAUGUUGGGUAUAAUGGAACUGGAUUUAAGUGUUCUAGUAAGUAAGUUUGUCAUUGAUGUGUCUAAAAUAUGUUACCUUUUUCAAUCACUUAUUGUUUGUCAUUGGUAUAAUCUUUUUAGACAUCAAUGAAUGUUCUCAAGGCAACCCAUGUCAUCGCAAUGCUACAUGUACUGACAAUGAAGGUUCUUUUGACUGUGACUGUAAUCUUGGUUAUUCUGGAAACGGAUUUAAUUGUUCCAGUAAGUGAAUCUUUCGUUCAAUUGUUUGAAAUUUUCUACCUUUCUUCGAAUGAUGUAUUGUUUGUUAUUCUUUUGUAGACAUUGAUGAAUGUUUGUUGUACCCAUGUCAUGCCAAUGCCAGCUGUACAGACAAUGACGGCUCUUUUGAGUGUCGAUGUAGAAUUGGAUUUUCUGGAGAUGGAUUUAGUUGUACAGGUAUGCAAUCUUCAUUUUUGUGGCAAGAAUGUCAAAGCGCGUCACAGUGUCAUGAACUCUAAACUCUGGUUUUCAUUUGGUCGUAAUUGUCUUGACUGAGGUCAAGUCAUGUUCAAGGAUGUGAACUAUAGUCUGGACCUUUUUUGUCUUUUAUGUGUUGUACGCAAAUCUGUUUUUAUUGACUGUAGAGAUAUAUCGACACUAUAUUACAUCAGUUACCUUGAUUAAUUCUAAGUAAUCGCUGAGUGCGCUCCAUAAAAGUGGCAUCCUUGGUAACUUUUCUGUUGUGCAUGGUUCAUUAACUAUUACUGAUAUACCAAGUAAGUAUUGGAUAACCUAGGCUACUCUCCCAUCUAGCCUUCUGUUUACGUUUAGCAUUUACAGAUGUUCAAAUGGACGUACAGUACAGUGGAUAUGCUGGAGGCAUGUUGGAGAUAACAUGUACUGUUACUGGACCAUCUCUUCCGAGCUUUGAGUGGAGGAAAAAUAACAUGAUUCUAUCCUUAUCAACAAGAGUAAAGAUUGAAAACAACGAUAAAGUUUCAAAACUUUUUGUCCGUAAAACUGCGAAACCUGAUUCUGGCAAUUAUUAUUGUAUAGCCAGGUAAGCGCGUUUGAAAAUAAUAAUUCGUCCAUGAACUACGUGGAUACGUUGAUGGAAUUGCUUCAGAUUGUUCUUCUGUUACAUCCGGUGUCUCAGAAGACAGCAAACUCGGUCCUACCAUCCUUGGCCCAAUAUUUCAGUACUACAGGAUUACGUAGAGUAAACCUGCAAUGUUUGAUGACGUCAAGCCAGAAGCACUCUUCUUCUCGUCGGCAGCUGAGGCAAAGUUCUAAUCGGACAACUACAUAUUGCACAAUUCCAACCCAGAUGACACAGCUGAAAGACACAUGCACCAACCAUUGUGUCACUCCAUGCUAUAGUGAUGGUCUUGAUUUAGUGUAAAGUCUUAUGUAUGGUGUUUCUUUUUGCCUUAGUAAAGGGGAAGACACAAUCAACAGUAGUGUUCCUGUUGAAGUUAAACUUAUUCCUGUUGUUGCAGUUUUCCCGUUAUCUGUUUCUGCUACUGAAGGUAAAGCAUACAUCCUUUAGGAUACAUUAGCAAGAGUGCGUACGCACAGGCGAGAUCAGGUAAUGGCUUGCAAUCUUGGAAGAUGGAAGUUACAUGCUAACACAAACUAUUUAUGUCUGUUCCCACUUACUUUUCAACUUUCGGUUACCUCACAUGCCUAGUUACCACUGUUCUGUUAAUGUAUAAAUCAUACAAUGGAACAAACGUAACCAAGCAUUUGAAUUAUAUAUGUGAGAGAAGUGGGUGACAGCGGCAGUUAACACUCGUUAAUUUCAUUCCAUGGUACGUUAAUUUUUUCGAAAAUGUGACUACCAAAUUCCAUACAUUUUUUCUCAAUAAUGUUUUUCAUUCAGGUGAUACAAUAAUGUUAACGUGUAAGAUUUCUGUUGGUGAUGAAGAAAAUAUCGAAGUUAUGUGGUACAAUUCUAAACAGUCUGGUUCUGUUGGUCAAACCAGAAAACUGGAUUUAUCCAGUAUUGAGCUGUCUGAUGGUGAUCAGAGAUACAAGGCAGAAUAUUGGUGUUUCGCUAAGAACUCGGACGGUCCCGGACGAAGCCAGAAUGUUACUGUGUAUAUAAUAUCUCGAGGUAAAACUGCCUUGUUAAAUGUUUUGUUACGUUUAUCUAUGUUUAUGAAUUAUUGAUAAAAACCCACCUCCAUCAUUCAUUGCUUGAAGUCUUUUUCUUUGUUGUUUUUUUUAGAUUUUAAUGAGUUUUGCUUGGAAGAUAAUGGAAGUGGGUAUACUUGGGAAAAAACACCAGUUGGCACUUCGGUGAUUAAAAAUUGUCCUGUUGGGACAAUAGGUGCAGUUUUUUUAAACUAUUUGUGUUAUGGUAUUUGGGUUUAACUAGAAUAAACGAACCACUGAUAAAAAAUUCAUUUCCAGGAACUGUAACUCGAUUUUGUAAGAGUAAUGAUGGUCGUCAGCCUGUUUGGGGUGAUGUGAAUCUCUCCAACUGUAGAAGUCGUGUUGUUAUCAACCUUGUUGAUAAGGUAAUUGUCAAACAUGUCACUAAAAUCCAUCUAACUGUUCCUUCAAUUGAACUUAUAUAAACUAAUCUAUCGUGGUUUGUAUCUGAACUACCGGACGAAGAUUGAAAACAACUUUAUCUUUUGACAGAUCUCUAGACUAGACGAAGGGUUUGAAUCGGAGAAUAUCAGCGAUAUCUUGGGGGAAACUGAAAAAGUUACAGAAGACGGUAAACUUUAUGAAAAAGAUGUUGAAAACAUUGUGUACAUUUUGGAGAAGACAAAGAAGAGAACGAAAACACAAAAUGAUCGUCAAAAUUUUAUUCGUUCAUCAAGUAAUAUAGUGAGUCAGAAGAGAAAGGAUGUGUGGAAAAAUAUACCGGUAAGAUGACAUGCAAGUAUUUUAUUGUCCAAAAUACCACACACGAAAAGCAGCUUGUGAUGGUAAUUUGUAGUAGACAAUAAUAAUACCUAGUUGUAUUUUUUUCAUGAAAUAUAUUGUCAACUUAUUAUGCAUGUAGUGACUCAGCCAUAAUUGUUUUUGUUUUCCAGGCUAGAAAUGAUUUAGCGAAGCAGAUUAUAAGUGGCACAGAUCUCAAUGCAAAGAACUACAUCUCACAAAGUGCGGAAACAGGAAAAGUUGUCUCAUAUAGUACACCAAACAUAGCCGUGCGUGGAAUACGUCUACCAACAGUAAAACCCACCGAAUUCGAACCUAAAGAUAUCAGCUUGCUGGACACAGGAGGACAGGGUGUGAUUGUCCCUGAUGUUGUGACCAAUGAAAUCGACCUAGCAACUGUAGUGCAGUAUAGUUCAAUCAAGGAUAUUUUAUCUGAGAUACAGUUGAAGGAAACCGUGGAUAGUACUAUAGGAUCGACUGAAUCGUUGACAAUCAGAAGUACUAUUGUAUCUUUCACAACCGAACCACAGCUUAAGAAUAAGUCCGUGUCUGAACCUUUUAAGAUUGUACUGCAGAAUAACCUGGUAUGGGUGCUUGUGGUUUGCGGGAUGGUUAGAUGAGGAAGUGAAGACGCUAGACUAACUUUGUUUAUGCUGGAUAGCUCUAUCAGUUCGAAACUGUUCUCCAUGGAAGUCCAGUAAGGGCCUUGAGUUAUUGGUCUAGUGUUACUUCUGGGUAAAACCAGAGUUCCUGGAGAAAAUUUGUGGUAUCUGCUAGAGUCCAACUGGAAGUACUGGUCUUACAUGCGACUGAGAUGAAAUUAUAAUCUGACAACCAGAAAUCAAACCCUGGACACAAAGGUAAAUAGUAAUUACUGCGUCCCAACACCCCGCCAAAACAUUUUAUACCAGCAAUUACUGGUAUGCACUUACGAAUUUUUCUUAGACUGGUUAUGAAGACCCAAGACGAACGUGUGCGUUUUUUGAGCCUGACAAAAACAAUAGUAUAUUGAGCAGUGAAGGAUGUACAUUGAAUGAAGCUGAAUCGAGUGUGGAAAGUGUUACCUGUGAUUGUGAUCAUAACACUGCUUUUGCUGUCAUGAUGGAUGUUUCGGGUGUGCAGGUAAGAUGGAUCACUUCAGGCUGACUCAGGCUAUCAUGGGGAGCAAGGCAGAAUAUCAGGAGUUAGCAUACUGCCACUUACGUCUGAGAUAUGCCUGCUACUGUAGGUUGAGAGUAGAGUAUUUUGGUACAAUGCAUUUUAUUUGUACAACCAGAAAAUUUUGAUGUGACCAAACUUGUUUUAUCAAACUUAGACUAAUUCCGAACGAAAGUUUGUCUAGUGCUAUUUGUUAGACGGAAAUGCAUACGAAUUCAUUCAGUGCAUUUGAAAGAAGCGUUACCUAAUAUUUCAUAUUCGUUCACCUUUUUCAGCUAACGGAGUCUGAACGUAAGAUAUUGGAGAUGAUUUCCACCGUCGGAUGUUCCAUAUCAUUGGUCGGCAUCGUGUUGACAAUUCUCAUGCAAGCUCUUUUUUGGAAACAAGUGAAGUCGCUUCGCGCCAAAAUUUUAGUCAGUUUAUGUGUUGCUAUUGGAUUUACCGAUGUCUUUGCCAUCCUUGAGGGUGUUGCAAAAGACAGCUCGGUAAGUUUGGUUUUCUUAAAAUGUUUAACUUUUUUACAAUGGGAUGUUGGUGUCAUAGUGGUCAGUGCAUGUAAUAUUUCACCUUUCUGAUUAGGUUUCGAUUCUUGAUUCCUGGCAGGCAACUCAGUAAAACCGACAAUAUAUGUCUGAUUUAUUUUCAGCAGAAUUCCUGUAAAGCAGUUGCGGCUCUCCUGCAUUUCUUUGUGUUGUCAGCAUUUGGAUGGAUGUUGUGUGAGGGAAUAUUACUGUACUUCUUACUCAUCAGAGUAUUUGAAGGCGUGCGUGGCAAACAUUGGAAGAUCUUUAAUUUUAUUGGCUGGGGUAAGUAGUCUUAUAGACAAGUGUUUUCGGUAUUAAAUGAAGAACGAGUAAUGAUAAAUCCUGUAUCCCUAACAGGCAUUCCUUUACUGAUUGUUGUUGUAUCGCUUGGAACGACUCAGGGUGAAGGAUAUGGCACAGAAUCUUCAUGUUGGCUUAGUGUUGGAAGUAAAGUGAUUUGGGCGUUUGUGGGGCCUGCUGUUUUCGUCAUAUUGGUAGGUGCUUUCAUCUCGAUAGUUACAACAAACGUGAGGUAUUUCGGGACGAACAGCGUAAAUACGAACACCGCAAUGUUUGCCGAACCAAAUGGUUCUCAAAUGACCCUUACUGUAUUUCUUCGGGCAUUAGUUUAGAACUGAUAGAGCUAUAAUUUAGUUUUCCUCCUGUAGUAACACUGCAUGGAUCAAUAAAAAUGACAUUCGCUCUAUCUAUUUGAAGAGAAUUUUAGAUAAAGCUGUCCAAUAUAUACAAAGGUAUCACAAUAACAGGUGUCUAUAUUUCUUUCGUCUUCCAUACAGGCCAACAUUUUCGUGUUUGUGAUGAUUCUACGUACAAUGAAGAAUUUUCACACAGUCGAGCAACAGACCAGUAUUGCUAAAGUGAAAACUGGUGUAAAAACAGCUAUGGCAAUCUUCCCAAUCCUUGGUUUGACUUGGGUGUUUGGCUUAAUGACUUUCAACAGAGAAACAGUGGUCUUCCGUUAUCUUUUUGCCGUGUUUAAUUCAGCGCAAGGAUUGUUCAUUUUCCUAUUCCAUUGUGUUCUUAAUAAACAGGUAAGGAUGGACGAUAUCUGACAUCCAUUGUAGGUAAUAUUUUACAAUAAGCUGCUGUGGUAAAAUAACGUUUUAAGCGAGUUAGGCUUUUCGCUAGCCAGUUAAAUCACUCAAAAGUCUUGGAAAAUACUUUGUUUUAUGUUUUCCAGAUGCGAGAGGUCGUCCACGACAGCAUUACAAAGAGAAGUUCCUUGUCAAGCAGCUUUGGCACAAAACGUGUUGGCCGUUCAAUGAGUAGGGAAACAUUGGUUUCGGUUUUAACAUUUCAUGUUUUAUAUUUUUAUGUUAAUUAGCAAUUCCAUUCUUUUCAUGGAUACUUAUAAGGCCCAUUUCCAUUCAGGAAAAUUAUCCGCGGAAAGAAAGUUUUGUGAAAUGUGAUUGGCCGACACAAAUUUUCCGUCUGAAGAAAUUUUGAACUUUUAACAAUGAUAUUUUCGAAAAAUUUGCUGUCCGUGGAAAAUUUUCUUGAGUGGAAAUGGGCUUUUACACUCAAACUAACCAAACGACAUCGUUUGUUGUCCCAGAUUCCUCGAGUUUACCGAGCAAGACAGGCGAUUCAGAUAUAAAUCCGGAGAUGGUUGAAAAGAAUGCGAUGAGCAGUAAAUCUGAAUGCGGUGCACAUAACCUGAACAUUUCUGUCGCUGAGGAAGCGAAUGAACAUGAAGGUGAUCUAUACGUUAAUGUCUCCUGCCUCAAGGAAUGUUGGAAACAUUUUUUUGCCGACAGUGCAUGAUUAAAUCUUUGUGGACCUGUUUACUUGCGGUCACUUUAUUAUACUGGAUGGGUAUAUCAAUUCCAGAUUGUUAAAAGGGCCAUCCCGUGCUGCACUUUAUCUCUUCACACAAAUCAAUGAAUCAUUUAGUAAUUUCUAUUUGAUGUUUAACUCAUAUCUUUUUCAUUACCAGACUCUUGUAACUACAUGUUUUAAAUUUCGAGGCGGACUGAAUAUAAUCCAUUGUAAAUAUGUAGUUUUCUUUGCUAGUCAACAAAUUCGAAAUGUGCCUAUUGAGAAACAAAAGAAUAACUAACGUCCACAUAAACUUUGUUCAAUAUAGAGAACGAAGAGACACGCCACAGUUCACCGAACGCAUCCGUACGAAGUGAACAUUCCCUAGGCCGAAACAACGAUGCUGUUGAGAUGGAUAGUAAGGGUUACCACAGUGGAGAGUCAGAGAAUUCGUCUUCUGCAGACAGACACUCAGACAAUGAAGACGCUCACUUAAAUGUAUAUAAUAUAACUGUACAAUUUAACUUUACUGUAUAAUGUUACUGUACUGUAUAAUGUUACUAUACUGUACUGUACAAUUUAACUGUACUACAUAAUGUUACUGUACUGUAAAAUGUUACUGUACUGUAUAUAAUGUUACUGUAGUAAACAUACAUAAGUUCUGUGAUAAAGUAGGUCGUGGGGGCAACACCAUAAUGCACAGAAUAAUCUAUUUAUCGUAUAUUUAUCGUAUAUUUAUCGUAUAUUUAUCGUAUAUUUAUCGUAUAUUUAUCGUAUAUUUAUCGUAUAUUUAUCGUAUAUUUAUCGUAUAUAUACCGUAUAUUUAUCGUCUUGGAACUAGCAGGGUGUAUGUAAAACAUAUACCUUGGAGUUGUAAAAAUAUUUAUGGAGUUUUCCAAUUUGAACAAAACAUGAAAUCGUACUCUACCCUGGAAACAAAGGCUUUCUGGUGUCAGGCGAGUUUUACAUGAGUAAAGAGGAAAUCCCUGAUAGUUCCAAGGUAUAAGACGAUAAAUAUACGGUAGAUAGAUAAAUAUACGAUAGAUCAUCUGGUUGCUUUAGAUGCUUUGGACUGGAAGCCACGGAAAGAAUAAAAGCUAAGUCCAAACUGAUGUUUAAAUUGUUGAAUAAAAUGGGUCCUAAAUCACUUACUGAUUUAUUUACUUUCAAAAGUGAAAUGACAAAUUAUAAACUUCGAGAUGUUGAAAGUACUCUUUGCUUACCACAGCCGCGUACAAAUAGCUUGAAAAAAGUUUCAUGUUUGACGGGGCACACAUUUGGAACUCUUUUCCAACAGAAAUUAGAGAGAGCAACUCCAUCAUGUCCUUUGAAACUAAAAUCGCUACUCACAUUUUUGAAUACUCACAUUUUUUAAUAGCAUUAUUCUUAUACCUAUAUAUAUAUAUAUUUCUUACUAUAUGUAAUAUCUUACUAUAUAUACUAUAUCUUUGUAAUGUCAUUAUUGUACACGCCCCUUGUGGAAAUCAGCCUAGGUUGACAAUGGUUAGCGUGUUUAAAUAAAAGUUCUAUCUAUCUGUACUCUUAUUUUAAUUAUAACUGGAUUUACAUCACAAUUCUAUUCAGCGAGCAAAUCACAAGGGAUAACAAAUAUUAACCUUGAUGUAGGACCAUUUUACAGAACCGGAACAUAUGUAUAUUGAAAUAUACUGCUGAAGAUCAAUGAAAAUAGAUUCGGUUGAAUAACCAAAAUAGGAAUUGAAAAGUCAGCUACGAGUUGACUUGCCUUCAAAAGUAAUUUAGAAGACUGGUGUAGAAAAUCAGCCAAUAUUUUAAUGAAUGUACGUGCCCUCAACAACGCUUUAAAAAGAUCCAUUCAAUAUAGAUAUUUAUCGCAUUUUGAUUUACUGUAUUUGCUUAAUUUACUGAGUUGUAAAAUUUUCUUAACCAGGCGAUCAUAACUUCAAGUUCGACUCUUUUAUAACCAUAAUAGUUUUGUCUACUACUGUUAUGUUGCCGGUACCCGCUCGGACCGAGUCUCAGUUCUACAGACUACACAAGUAGUAAAACUUUUAAGAUUUUGUUUGAAUUACAAAGAUCAGAUUCGUAUCAAGUAGUGGAAAUAAUUUCUCGACCGCUAAAGAUAUUGCGGAACGGUUUUCAACCAUCUAAUUCAAUUCAACGGGAAUUACAAAAGCUGCAUCAUUUGUCUGUUGGAGAAGAUUUAGUUUUGUUGCUUCGCUAUAAUAGUGAAAUCUUACGUGUUUAACAGAAUGUAAAUAUUAAAGACAAAGAAUCUUCUUUUAAUCUUAACACAAUUGAACGACUAAAAUGUAUCGAGAUUUUGACAAUAAUGCAUGUGGAUAUACUCUUCGCUUGUGCAUUUGGUUGACUUUAUUUGUCCAAUCUUUUCAAUUUCCUCCGGGAUUACAAGACAAGAGGUUUAACAUUGAAGCCGUACCUGCUAAAAACGUAAGUUGGUUUAUACUUGUUAUGAUUCAAAAGUUUUGCAUGUAAGAACACGACGACAGGGAAUAUCCGCAUGGAAACGUGGCCAUUGGUGCAAUAGUGCAAUAACCAGUACUCUAGUAAUAUUUUCACUCUGUGAUAAUUGCAGGUUGGCCGCAAUCUACUGUGUAGUAGAUUCAUUAUAUAUAGUCCUUGGUGAACUACUGAACUCAUCAGAUUCAUGCUGUUGCAUGCAUGCACAUAAAUACCUAUUUAUAUAUAUUCGUUAUAUCCUGAACUGAAGAUAUUUAACAUUUAUCUUAAAUUUCAGGGUAAAAUAUUGUUACAUUUGAAAAGUCGAUAUGGGUCAACUGGGUUAGACGGACCAAUGGUAAGGUAGACAGCUUUGUUGUGAAAGGAUUGUGAGAGAUAUACUACUACCUGCAACUUGAUACAAUAUCUAACUUUAGCAUUUAGAAGAAAAAAAUGAUUUCUUUAUUUCCCUUCAAGGGCGACAUAGGACCGCCUGGAAUCGCUGGCAUUCCAGGACUACAAGGAGAACCAGGUGAUCCUGGAUUUUGUCCAGUCGAAAUAGUAAGUAUAUUGACUGAUGGCAAGUGGUUACUAACUCGAGAGAGAACAGUUUCAUCGACUACCCAGUAUGAAAACAGUUUAAGUUCUUUCUGUAGUAACACUGGAUCUAAAAGUGUUGGCCUGUACGGGAACUCUAGAGAGAACAGGUUAGAGCUAUCCAGUACAAAGUUAGUUUAGGUUUAAGGUUUCCUUCUGUAGUAACACUGGAUCAAUAAGAGGUGAUCCUUAUUGCUUUAUUGGACCUCUAAUAGGAAGAACAAUUUAGAACUUACGGAGCUAUAAUCCAGUCUAACUAAUAUCAGUUAACUAUAUGCUAACCAUAAUUCACUAAUUUAUCUUCGUCUUCCCCUAGUGCGAUGCAAUACAAGAAGCAAGAUUUUUAGAAUCUCGUGUAGAAGCUUUAGAAAAUCUUUUCAAACAGCACGUUCUUCAUUCUGAUGUGAAACCAACAGAAAGUCCACUGAUGGCAUUACACAUCACCUCCGAUAUCUUACUGACCAAGGGGAAUUUCUCGAAUGGUAAAAUUGGAAUACCUAGCAACGUUAAAGUAAAUAUUGCUUUGAAGAAUGCAGCUCCAUUGAUAGCAACCAGCCAGCAUGGAGGGAAAUUUUUGGUCAAUUCAACCGUGCGGUUAUUGGAUCGUAGUAAAGUGGCGGAGAUGCAGAAGAGUGCUAUAGCGAGGACACCAGUUCUUGACGGAGUCUCAAUGACAGAACAACAG